AUGAAGAACCCCAUCAAGACCAAAAAGCUUCAGACGUUCGCAAAGUGGUCAAACCCCCAAAAACUCGAGAAUAUUUUGCAGCUCUCAGAAAAAAUAGCAGAAAAUUCAGGACGAUGGAUCUACGCCCAGAUCCUCCGCGGCAUGCGAUAUAUCUGGUGGGAAACCGACCGAGAAAUCUUUCUACAAUGGGCACAAGCCAUCAUCGAGACGGAGCUACGCCUACGCGAAACUACCCAGCGAGAGUCCUAUCUCAAAGAAAUGAUUCAAUUCCAACAAUCGUAUCACACAAUUGAUGAGAGACUCCGUUUAGAGACGUUUGUCGAAGAACUCAUUUCCCUCGAUCGCGACUACCGAAACUUAGAGCAGUCUCAUGUUAGGGUGAUUCUUGAAUGUCCAGAAGGGUCGAUGAAGAGUGCCUAUUUGUCAUUCCGACGACAACCUCAGUGGCAUAUGAUGACCGACUCUCAUAACCGAGACGAGACCUUCUGGCCUCCAGGGACAGUAACUCUAGAAGAUAUCCACGCCUCUAGAGACCAACUCGUCCUCUUCCCCACCCCCGAAUCCGACCCCAACGAUCCCCUCAAUUGGUCAACAGCCCGCAAAGCCCUCAAUUUUACCUUAGUUAGCUUCUUCGUGCUAUGGACCUUUGUUCAGCUUGAUAUCGGCUUCACAGCAUGGGGACCCAUGCAAGAAGAGCUUGGUUUCACCGUGGAUGCAUUAAACGCAGAAGCAGCCAUCAACUACGGCGGUCUAGCUGUAGGCUGCAUAUUCUUCAUGCCACUAGUACACAAGUACGGACGACGCCCAAUCUAUAUCUUCAGCGUUGCUCUCCAGUUCGCAUCAUGUAUUUGGCAAGCUCAGACAUUCACCGUUGGUGAUCUGAUGGGCAGCGGCCUGAUAUCCGGCAUUGGCGGUGCAAUCAGUGAAACAAUUGUACAGAUGACUAUCGCUGAUAUGUUCUUCGUGCACCAGCAUGCUACCAUGAAUGGAUGGUAUGUCAUUGUCCAAUCCGCAGGUGCAUUUUUGGGUCCCGUCGCUUCGGGAUACAUUGUCGUGGCACAAGGGUGGAGGUGGAUGUGGUGGUGGUGUGUUAUUUUCUUUGGCGUGACGCUUGUUUGUGUUGUAUUCCUCUUUGAGGAGUCGAAAUAUAUCCCCGUGCUGAAUAGCGUGGAAGCCACCCUGGCAGUGCAAUCAAUUGAGGGCUCGUCGAAGAAUCCUAAGGAUGAUGACUUGGACGAUGGGAAGAAUCCUGCUGAAAAUAUUGCCAGCCGGGUGCCGACGAACACCCAAAUCAAGCCGAAGACGUACUUCCAGCGAAUGGCUUUGAUUACGACAACGGAUGAGGCUAUCUGGCCUCACUUUUAUCAGCCUAUCGUUGCUCUUUUCACUUUCCCGGCUGUUACCUACGCAGCUAUUACAUAUGGGUCUACAUUGAGCUGGUUUGCUAUUAUGACCUCGCUUCAAGCAUCUUAUAUGAUUCUACCACCAUAUAACUUCGAUGCUGUCGGUGUUGGUCUUAUGAACGUGGCUCCCUUUGUUGGCGCAGUUCUUGGAUUCCCCUUUGGUGGACACCUGAGCGAUAAGUCUAUUUUGUGGCUGUCCAAGCGAAAUGGUGGUGUUUACGAGCCAGAGAUGCGCCUUUGGCUUGCACUUCCCAUUGCUGUGAUUAGUCCUGCCGGUAUAUUGAUGUUUGGUCUGGGCCUUGCCUAUGGUGUGCACUGGGUUCUUCUGGCAGUCGGCUUUGGUUUCUUCGGGUUUGCACUUGCUGCUAUUAGCGGGAUUGCACUUUCAUAUUUAAUGGAUUGCUAUCAGGAUAUAAUUGGUGACGCACUAGUUGGGGUGAUCUUCAUGCGCAACAUCUUCUCCGUGGUGGUUCUUUUCGCGCUCACGCCAUGGGUCGAAGGCAUGGGCAUGCGUGACCUACACAUACUAGUUGCUUUUAUCGCAUUUGUGCUUUUGCUUAUUCCUGUGCCUUUGCUGAUCUGGGGUAAGAAGGCAAGGGUCGCAACUGCAUCGAUGUAUAAGAAGAUGGCAUCAAACCAACUCAGUCAUCGUACUAUUUAG